AUGCUUUUCAGGCGCGAUAUCCGCAUCGGAAAUGUUUCCGGCGCAACGGGUGACAGCCCGCAUGCCAUGCGGCGGAUAGCAGAAGACGGCAACGUCGACGUAAUAGUUGGCGAUUGGCUUUCAGAGAUGAACAUUGCUUGGAACGCCAUAGCCAAAGAUCAAGAUCCAUCGCUGGGCUAUGGGCCGGACUUUUUGACCCAACUAUCUGAAUCCAUUGACAUAAUCGUGGAAAAAGGAAUCAAAGUAAUCACCAUUGCAGGAGCUUUAAAUACACCCGCUUUGGCUGCUCGGGUACAGGAGAUGUCCCGUGCGCAAGGUCACAAGGAGGUGGUCAUUGCUAUGGUUCUAGGAGAUGAUAUUUCCCAAGUUGUAACCGAUCCUGCCACUCUUGCGGUCUCCUGGUCUGCAGAUUACUUCAAUGCUCGCGGUGUUCAUUCGGCUAUUUUCUCAUUUAUUGGUGCCAUAAGCUUCCUAGCUUCUGCCGUUCUUCCCCUGGACGCUUAUUUGGUGAGCAAUCCUCUGGUCUACGCACAAUAUUGUGUAUACAUGAAUGAAUAG